GAGAACUGCUUCCGGGCCAGGGGGCAGGAGCCACCAUGGAAGCUCGCCGGGCAGCGGGGCCGCCUCAGCCGCUGGCGGGCUUCUGAGGCGAGUGAGGCGCUGCGCGACCGGCGCCGCCCGCCGCGGAUACGCUGGCUUCCGCCAUGUCGGUGCUGGGCGAGUACGAGCGACACUGCGAUUCCAUCAACUCGGACUUUGGAAGCGAGUCCGGGGGUGGCGGGGACUCGGGCCCGGGGCCCAGCGCCAGCCCGGGGCCGCGAGCCGGCGGCGCGGUGGAGCAGGAGGAGCUGCACUACAUCCCCAUCCGCGUCCUGGGCCGCGGCGCCUUCGGGGAGGCCACGCUGUACCGCCGCACCGAGGAUGACUCAUUGGUGGUGUGGAAGGAAGUUGAUUUGACCCGACUUUCUGAAAAGGAACGUCGUGAUGCCUUGAAUGAGAUUGUCAUUCUGGCGCUGUUGCAGCAUGACAACAUUAUUGCCUACUACAAUCACUUCAUGGACAAUACCACCCUGCUGAUUGAGCUGGAAUAUUGUAAUGGAGGGAACCUGUAUGACAAAAUCCUUCGUCAGAAGGACAAGUUGUUCGAGGAAGAGAUGGUGGUAUGGUACCUUUUUCAGAUUGUUUCAGCCGUGAGCUGUAUCCAUAGAGCUGGCAUCCUCCAUAGAGAUAUAAAGACAUUAAAUAUUUUUCUGACCAAGGCAAACUUGAUAAAGCUUGGAGACUAUGGCCUCGCAAAGAAACUUAAUUCUGAAUAUUCCAUGGCUGAGACACUUGUGGGCACUCCUUAUUACAUGUCUCCAGAGCUCUGCCAAGGAGUAAAGUACAAUUUCAAGUCUGAUAUCUGGGCAGUUGGCUGUGUCAUUUUUGAACUACUUACUCUAAAAAGAACAUUUGAUGCUACGAACCCACUCAACCUGUGUGUGAAGAUUGUGCAGGGAAUCCGGGCCAUGGAGGUUGACUCUAGUCAGUAUUCUCUGGAACUGAUCCAGUUGGUCCACGCAUGCCUCGACCAGGAUCCUGAGCGGAGACCCACUGCAGAUGAACUUCUGGAUCUCCCACUUCUCAGGAAACGCAGGAGAGAGAUGGAAGAAAAAGUCACUCUGCUUAAUGCGCCUACAAGGAGACCAAGGUCAAGCACUGUGACUGAAGCACCCAUUGCUGUGGUGACAUCACGAACCAGUGAAGUCUAUGUUUGGGGUGGUGGAAAAUCUACACCCCAGAAAUUGGACGUCAUCAAGAGUGGCUGUAGUGCCCGACAGGUGUGCGCAGGGAACACCCACUUUGCUGUGGUCACUGUGGAGAAGGAACUAUACACGUGGGUGAACAUGCAAGGGGGCACUAAACUUCAUGGUCAGCUAGGACAUGGAGACAAAGCUUCCUACCGACAGCCAAAGCAUGUGGAAAAGUUGCAAGGAAAAGCUAUCCACCAAGUGUCAUGUGGUGAUGAUUUCACUGUUUGUGUGACAGAUGAGGGUCAGCUCUAUGCCUUUGGGUCAGAUUAUUAUGGCUGCAUGGGGGUGGACAAAGUCUCUGGCCCUGAAGUGCUAGAACCCAUGCAGCUGAGCUUCUUCCUCAGCAAUCCAGUGGAGCAGGUCUCCUGUGGAGAUAACCACGUGGUGGUUCUGACACGAAGCAAGGAAGUCUAUUCUUGGGGCUGUGGUGAAUAUGGACGCCUGGGUUUGGAUUCAGAAGAGGAUUACUAUACACCACAGAGGGUGGAUGUUCCAAAGGCCUUAAUCAUUGUUGCAGUCCAGUGUGGCUGUGAUGGGACCUUUCUGCUCACCCAGUCAGGCAAAGUACUGGCUUGUGGACUCAAUGAGUUCAACAAACUGGGGCUGAAUCAGUGCAUGUCUGGGAUCAUCAACCAUGAAGCAUACCAUGAAGUUCCCUAUACGACCUCCUUUACCUUGGCCAAACAGUUGUCCUUUUACAAAAUCCGUACCAUUGCCCCAGGCAAGACUCAUACAGCUGCUAUUGAUGAACGAGGCCGGCUGCUGACGUUUGGCUGUAAUAAGUGUGGGCAGCUGGGUGUUGGGAAUUAUAAGAAGCGCCUGGGAAUCAACCUGUUGGGGGGACCUCUUGGUGGGAAGCAAGUGAUCAGGGUCUCCUGUGGCGAUGAGUUCACCAUUGCUGCCACUGAUGAUAAUCACAUUUUUGCCUGGGGAAAUGGUGGCAACGGCCGCCUGGCAAUGACUCCCACCGAGAGACCACAUGGCUCUGAUAUCUGUACCUCAUGGCCUCGACCUAUUUUUGGAUCUUUGCAUCAUGUCCCAGACCUUUCUUGCCGUGGCUGGCACACCAUUCUUAUUGUUGAGAAAGUAUUGAAUUCUAAGACCAUCCGUUCUAACAGCAGCGGCCUGUCCAUAGGAACUGUGGUUCAGAGUUCCAGCCCAGGAGGUGGUGGAGGUGGCGUUGGUGGCGGUGGUGGCAGCGGUGAAGAGGAAGACAGUCAGCGGGAAUCUGAAACUCCAGAUCCAAGCGGAGGCUUCCGAGGAACAAUGGAAGCAGACCGUGGAAUGGAUGGUUUAAUCAGCCCCACAGAGGCUGUGGGGGACAGUUGUGGGGCUAGCAGCUCCUGCCCUGGCUGGCUUCGAAAGGAGCUGGAAAAUGCAGAGUUCAUCCCCAUGCCUGACAGUCCAACUCCCCUGAGUGCUGCAUUUUCAGAGUCGGAGAAGGACACCCUGCCCUAUGAAGAGCUGCAAGGACUCAAAGUCGCAUCUGAAGUCCCUGCAGAGCACCAGCCCCCAGUAGGAGCCUGGCCUCCCCGGCUGAAUCCUGCAGUACCGUGUGCUGGGAAAGUGUUGACCUCUCCCGCUUGUGCGUGCGGCACUCUGCAGGCCGAGGUUGAGAGGUUGCAGGCUCUGGUGUUAAAGUGUCUGGCUGAACAACAGAAGCUACAACAAGAAAACCUCCAGAUUUUUACCCAACUACAAAAGCUAAACAAGAAAUUGGAAGGAGGCCAGCAGGUGGGGAUGCAUUCCAAAGGAAUUCAGACAGCAAAGGAAGAGAUGGAAAUGGAUCCGAAGCCUGACUUAGAUUCGGAUUCCUGGUGCCUCCUUGGAACAGACUCUUGUCGACCCAGCCUCUAGUCUCCUGAGCCCACAUAGCCCUCAGGAAACUGGGACCCAAAGAACUUCACCGCACACUUACCGAGUGCAGAGAGCAGCUUUCCUGGCUUGGUUCACUUGCAGACACGGAGCGCAGGACAGAGGGAGGCUCUAAAGCACCUUCCUUGUGCAUCUGGAGAGUGGCAUUGCCUUUUAGAUAGGCUCUAGGAGUGAUAUUGUUCGGAGAAUGGAAGGGUUCUGUGGCCCUAGCUUGUCAUCAGUGACUGCCAUAGCAACAACAGCUCUGUACCUCAUCUUUUGAUCCCACCUUUGAAGAGGAGACACAGGACUCACCUUAAUUGUGCUGGUAGCAGCUCAUAUCCCAUUUAUCAUUUUCAUCAUUAUUGGAAGCUUCCUUGGGAUUUUAGCACCAGGCAUUGCACCUCUGGGUGGAGGAAGGAGAAAUGUAACAUUGGAAUGGGCCAUGGCCAGGCCUGUCCUGCCCAGGGUCCUCUAGAGAGCAGUAAAGUCUCCCGUCUUCUCAGAAACCUGGAGGCCAGGGAACUUUCCUGGCCGUCAGUCUAGAGCUUGUCUUCAGGAAGUUCAGUUACUGCGUGCAGCCGUGUGCUUUGUGAAGAAAGCUUAGAUUGCUUUCCCUGUGGAGGUCCUUGAAACAUCGUCAUGAGGAGCAGAGAAAGGGCAGGUCCCUCGUCACAAUAGCACCUUCAGGCUACCGUUAGUGCAAGGUGGGACUUCCCAGCUCUGGGGGCUCCUCUAGAGAGGAGGGUCUGAGAGAAUUACUCCAGCCAGCGGGUGACAGGUGCGGCUGUGGGAGAAGAGCAAGAGGGAAGAUGACACUUCCUUCAGUGCCUUGCCUUGGUGUCUGAGAGCCUGAGUGGUGCCCCUGUGAAGGCUUCUUUGUACCUCUAGUGCCAUGCCCCUGAGGGGUCUGACUGGCACCCCAUUCUAUGUCUAGUCAGUAUUUUCCUCUCUGGUGUGAUUUGAAGCCAUAUCAUACCCAGUAAGUCAGUAUCACCUUUUAUACUUGAGUGGCCCAAAGUCAGCACCAAAUACUUGGGGUCCCAAAAGCUUGACAGGUAGAACCUGCCAAGUGAGGAGAUUGGCUGCAAGCUCACUUCUGCUAUGUUCUUGUUGAGAGGAGCAAGCUACCUUUUCCAAAGACAGGGUGUCCUAGAAGAUCCAGCCUUCUAGGCAAGCAUAUGAUGGUUUCUCUUAAAUGUGAGCCUUGUGCACCCAAGUCUAAUGAAUUGCUUAUGUUUGGGGCACAGCAGAUGCUUUGGUAAGUGCCACAUCCUCCAUGCUACAUACAGCUAAAUUAAUAUUGUUGCAUUAAAUUUCAGGAGGACCUACCUAUGCAGGAGAAAUUUUGUCAUUUCUCUAAACUGGUGGUGCAAAUGCUGGUGCCAGGAGGAAACCCCAUCUCUGGGGUGGGCAACUCUGUCCAAUGGGAUUGUUGAUGUCCCAUUGUUUUCUCAAUUCUGAGAAGCCUAGUACAAUAGUACUGAUGUAGUCACUGAAGCCUUUUCCCGGAAUAAGGGGAGGCCCAAUCCUGACAGAAGGUCUCAAGUUCUAGGGGUCUGGCCAUUGGCUGUAAACCCUGUCAGAGAGUUUUGGUUCGUUAUGUCAAUGCAACUCUGGGUUUCUUCAGGACUGGCUGGCCUUUCGAGGUCCUGUAUCCUUAUCCAACAUCUCAGCAGGCCUGAGAGGCAGGGUGUAAGGUCUUCAUUCUGAGCACUGCUUCUGCUUGGAGCUGAGGGCAGGGUGUAAGGUCUUCAUUCUGAGCACUGCUUCUGCUUGGAGCUGAGGGGCAGGGCAUGUUGCUGCUGUAGCGUGACAGUGAGUGCGGAGGUGGGCAGGAGCCCUGGGGGUCAUUCUCUAGGUGUGCAUGGUGGUCGUUUUCUCUGGUAUAUUCCCAUGGGAAUCUAGGUUUGUACUAAUCCAGCUGAGGACCUGAGUUCUGUGCCUUAGGAUAAUUUGCACUUUCCAGAAUUGUGCCUAGGACAGCCAUAAGGUUUUAACCCACCAAACAGCUAUGCAAACAGAAAACAGUCCAAAGAUGGCAGCCAUGCACUGGGUUGAGGAAAACACAAGACAAAAGAAAUGUCUUCAAAUGGUUUUCUGUAGCUAAAUCUUGGUAAUUGUCCUGCUUGUCCCCUAUGCAGUGCUAGGUGUUUGAGGCUUUCCGGUAGUGUUGCUUUGAUUACAAUAUAGCCUUCGAUAUCCUCUGUGCCAACACUUGGCUGAAAAGCCAGCUUAUUGUUAGCCAGAUGCUGGAAAGGGUGAGGGUGGAAUGGUGUGGCAUUUCUGUUUUAAAUAAACAUUUAAACUCUCA